AUGUCUGUACCGUCUGGUGCUCCACAGAAGCGUGUUGGCUCAAAGUACCGAAACGUCGACGGGAAAAAAUGGGUUGACGAGUCUCUAGAGAGCUGGCCUGCGAAUGAUUAUCGUAUGUUUGUUGGUAAUUUAAGCAAAGAAGUGACCGAAGAGAUGUUGUGUUCUUUUUUUUCAGCGUAUCCCUCUGUGCAAAAAGUGAAGGUGAUUAAGAAUAUACACACGGGACAAACGAAGGAAUAUGGGUUUGUUAGUUUUGCAAACCCAACAGAGUUUUUAAGUGCGUUAAGAGAGUUAAACGGGAAGUAUAUAGGGACUCGGCCUUGUAUGUUAAAGAAAGGUGAAUGGGAGAAGCGGAGCGAUAAAAAGAGGGUUGAGAAACGGGAAAAGAACCGAGAUAGUAAAGCUCCACGCCCACCCAAGUUUAAUUGA